AACCAGACACCAAACACUCAGUAGGCACCAGUCUUGGGGCAGAAGCCAGUUCAGCUGUUCCAACUCCGACUAUCUCCCCUGGUGUACCCGAUAUGAUGACCUCCCAGGUCCCUAGUUCUGAGACAGAUGCCAAUAUGACUAUUCCAAGUCUAACUCUUUCUCCUGGUGAACCAGCAACCACAGCCUUAUCGGUCCCCCAGUCCAAUGCAAAGACAAGCGCAAAUUUUCCUGGUUCAGCUGCUUUUCCUCAUUUACCAGAGACCGUCGCCUCACCAUCCAUCCAACCUGAGUUGGAGGUUAGUGAAGCUCUUCCAGCUCAGACUGUUUCCCUCAGUCCAGCGAAAAUAACAUCCUUCACCACACCUGUGACUGAGACCAGCAGAGUUGAUCUAGGUCCAACGAUCUCACUUGGUGUUCCUGCGGAAACAGCCUCACUCUCCACCCAUCUUGGCACAGACAUCACAACGAUUUCAAGUUCAACUCUUUCCCCCGUUUUAUUGGUGACCACAGGCUUACUGGCCACCAGCCCUGCAUCAGGUGCCAGCACAGGUAUCCCAACUUCGACUGCUGGUGAUCUUGGGCCUGUCAGUACCCCUGCAACCACUGGUGAGCCUUACACCUUAACUUCCUGGGGCACAGAACCCUCACCACCUGUGACCUCAGUUGGACUCCCUGAAUUGUCCAAGACUGUGAUGGGGAACACUCUGACCUUGAUAGCAUCAGAGACACCAACACCACCUAAAACCAGUCACGGAAAAGGACUGAAUACAACAACUGUCCUGAAAACCACAACUCUUGAGACCACUAAUUUAGCUGCUACAGGUUCAGGCCCCAUCAUAGUAGAGACCACAACCACCUUCAAUACAUCAGCAGGAAGUCCCUUUGUCCCUGAGACCUCACCUGGGAUGUCCACCUUGACCUCUCUGAGUGUGGCUUCAGAAACAACUGCAGUUCCUUUCUUGAUGCCUUUUACUGUCAACUUCACCAUCACCAACCUGCACUACACAGAGGACAUGGAAAACUCGAGCUCUGAGAUAUUCAGUGCCACUGAGAGAAACCUGCAGCACCUGCUCGGGACUCUGUUCAAAAACAGCAGCAUUGGUUCACUCUAUGCUGGCUGCAGUCUGACCUUGCUCAGGGCUGAAAAGGAUGGAACAAGCACCAGAAUGGACGCGGUCUGCACCUACCGCCCAGAUCCCACAGGCUUCAGUCUGGACAGAGAGGGGCUAUCCUGGGAGCUAAGCCAGCAGACCCAUGGUGUCACUCAGCUGGGCCCUUACACCCUGGACAGGGACAGUCUCUGUGUCAAUGGUUAUAACUAUCAGUACUGGAUCCCCACCACCAGCACUCCGCUGACUUCUACAUUCUCUCCAGGACUCCCUGCAUCUCUGCCUCCCACCCCCAACUCUACAGCUGCAGGUGUGGGUCCCGCCCUGGUGCCAUUCACCCUCAACUUCACCAUCACCAACCUGCUCUGCACCCCAGACAUGAGGCACCCAGGCUCCAUGAAGUUCAAUUCCACUGAGAGGGUCCUGAAGAGCCUGCUUGGUCCCUUAUUUAAGAACACCAGUAUUGGCCCACUGUACUCUGGUUGCAGACUGACCUUGCUCAGGACUGAGAAGGGCGGAGCAGCAACUGGAGUGGAUGCCAUCUGCACCUACCAUCCUGACCCCAUGGGCCGCAGGCUAAACAGAGUAGAACUAUACCAGGAACUGAAUCAGCUGACCCACGGUGUCACCUGGCUGGGCACCUACACCCUGGACAGAGACAGUCUCUACGUCAAUGGUUAUAACCAUCAGUACUGGACCCCUACCACCAGCACUCCAGUGACUUCUACAUUCUCUCCAGAAUCUUCCACAACUCUGUCCCCCAUCCUCAGCUCUACAGCACCGGUCCCUUUCCUGGUGCUGUUCACCCUCAACUUCACCAUAACCAACCUGCACUACGAACAGGACAUGCAGCAUCCAGGCUCUUGGAAAUUCACCUCCACGGAGAGGAUCCUGCAGGGUCUGCUCAAACCCCUGUUCAAGAAUAGCAGUCUGGGAUCCCUCUAUUCAGGCUGCAGACUAGCCUCGCUCAGGCCUGAGAAGGAUGGGGCAGCCACCAGAGUGGAUGCCAUGUGUAUGCAUCGCCCCGACCCUGAAGGCCGUGGACUGGACAGAGAACAGCUGUACUGGGAGCUGAGCCAGCUGACCCAUGGCAUUGCCCUGCUGGGCCACUACACCCUGGACAGGAACAGUCUCUGUGUCAAUGGUUUCACCCAUCAGAGCUCUGCACCCAUCACCAACAGUUACACACAUCAGGUCCUGACCUCCACCCCCAGCACCUCUACCAUCUCCCCAGUGACCUCAGCGACCCCCAUCCCUACCUCCACAGCCACUGGUCCUGCCCUGGUGCUGUUUACUCUCAACUUCACCAUCACUAACCUGCACCACCAGGAGGGUAUGAGUCACCCUGGUUCCUGGAGGUUCAACACCACCCAGAGAAACUUGCAGCACCUGCUAGGACCCUUGUUCAAGAACACCAGUGUGGGCCCCCUGUACUCAGGCUGCAGACUCACCUUGCUCAGGCCUGAAAAGGGUGGAGCAGCCACUGGAGUUGACGCUAUCUGCACCUACCAACCUGACGCCUCAGGUCUCCAGCUGGAUAGGGAGCGGCUCUACUGGGAGCUGAGCCAGCAGACCCAUGGUGUCACCCAGCUCGGUUCCUACAUCCUGGACAGGGACAGUCUCUGUGUCAAUGGUUACACCAGACCACCACCGACCUCCAUCCCCAGUGUUCCUGUGACUUCCACGCCCUCAGAAGCCUCGGCAGCUCCAAUCUCCUUCUCCAGCUCUACAGUCUCUGGCCCUGACCUGGUUCCAUUCACCCUUAACUUCACCAUCACCAACCUGCACUACACGGAGGACAUGCAGCUUAUGGGCUCAGCUAAGUUCAACAAAACAGAGAAGAUCUUGCAGAGCCUGCUCAGACCCUUAUUCAAGAACACCAGUGUGGGCCCCCUCUACUCUGGCUGCAGACUGACCUUGCUCAGGCCUGAGAAGGAUGGGGCUGCCACUGGAGCGGAUGCCAUCUGCACCCACCGCCCUGACCCCGUGGGCCCUGGGCUGGACAGAGAGCGGCUGUACCAGGAGUUGAGCCAGCUGACCAGUGGCGUCACCAGGCUGGGUCCCUACACCCUGGACCCGGACAGUCUCUACAUCAAUGGUUACACCCGCCAGACCCGGGCCACCACCCCCAGCAGUUACACCUAUCCAGCUUCAGCCACCACCCCCAACACCACUGGCCCCAUUCUGGUGUCCUUCACCCUGAACUUCACCAUCACCAACCUGCACUACACCGAAGACAUGGGGCACCCAUCUUCUUCCAAGUUCAACUCCACUGAGAGGAUCCUCCAGCACCGGCUCAGGCUUUUGUUCAACAAGACCAGUGUCGGCCCCUUCUACGCUGGCUGCAGACUGGCCUUGCUCAGGCUUGAGAAGGGUGGAGCCGCCACUGGAGUGGACAUCACCUGCACCAUCCACUCUGAUCCUGCAGGCCCCAGGCUGGACAAAGAGCAGCUGUACCGGGAGCUGAGCCGUGAGACCUAUGGCAUCACCCAGCUGGGGUCCUUCACCCUGGACAGGGAAAGCCUCUACAUCAAUGGUUAUAACUUUGGAGCCAUGGCCCCGACUACCACUACUGGGGAGGUCGGUGAGGAGCCGUUCACGCUGAACUUCACCAUCGACAACCUGCGCUACUCAGCGGAUAUGGGCCACCCCGGCUCCCUCAAGUUCAACAUCACAGACAGCCUCAUGCAGCACCUGCUCAGCCCAUUGUUCCAGAGGAGCAGCCUAGGAGCCCGAUAUGCAGGCUGCAAGGUCACCUCACUAAGGUCUGUGAAGAAUGGCGCCAAAACAAGGGUGAACAUCCUCUGCACCUACCGGCAGCCCCCCAGCAGCCCAGGUCUGCCUGCCAGGCAGGUGUUCCAUGAGCUGAGCCGGCAGACCCGUGGCAUCACCCGGCUGGGCCCCUAUUCUCUGGACAAGGACAGCCUCUACCUCAAUGGCUACAAUGAACGUGGUCCAGAUGAGCCUCCGACAACUCCUGAGGCAGCCACCACAUUCCUGCCUCGUUCGUCACCACCUGUGCAACUAGAAGCCACCACAGCUAUGGGACACAACCUGAAGACCCUCACACUAAACUUCACCAUCUCCAACCUCCAGUAUUCAAUGGCUAUGAACAAUGGCUCAGCUAUGUUCAACUCCACCAAGAGGACCCUGCAGCGCCUGCUUGGAUCCUUGUUUCUGAAAAGCAGUCUGGGCCCCUUCUACUCAGGUUGCAGACUAAUCUCCCUCAGACCUGAGAAGGAUGGGGCAGCCACCCAUGUUGAUACCAUCUGCACCUACCACCAUGAUUCCAUGGGCCAUGGGCUGGACAGAGAGCGGCUUUACUGGGAGCUGAACCAGCUGACCCAUGGUGUCACCCAGAUGGGCCUCUACACCCUGGUCAGUGACAGCUUCUUCGUCAAUGGCUAUGCACCUCAGAGUUUAUCUACCCAGAGGGAGUAUCAGCUAAAUUUCCGCAUCAUCAACUGGAACCUCAGCAACCCAGACCCCAUAUCCUUGGAGUACACAGCCCUGUGGAGGGACAUCCAGGACAAGGUCACCAAACUCUACAGAGGCAGCCAGCUACAAGACAUAUUCCGCUCUUGUCUGGUCACCAACUUGACGUUGGGCUCCAUGUUUGUCACCAUCCAGGCACUGUUCUCUUCUAAUGUGGACCCCAGCGUGGUGAAGAAGGUCUUUCUGGACAAGACCCUGAAUGUCUCAUCACACUGGCUAGGCGCCACCUAUCAACUGGCGGACCUUCAUGUGACAGAAGUGGAGCCAUCAGCUCAUCUACCAACAGACAAACCAACAAGCAGUCCCCGCCCUGAGCACUUCCAGCUGAGUUUCACUGUCACCAACCUACUCUAUUCCCAGGACACAGCCCAGCCGGGCACCACCAAACACCAGCAGAACAAGAGAAGUAUUGAGAAUGCGCUCAACCAGCUCUUCCAAAACAGCAGCAUCAAGAGUUUUUUCUCUGGCUGUGAAGUUUUAGCAUUCAGGUCUGUCCCCCACAGCAACCACACUGGGGUGGACUCCCUGUGUAACUUUUCACCAUUGGCUUGGAGACUGGACAGAGUUGCCAUCUAUUUGGAGUUCCUGAGGCUGACCAAAAAUGGUACCCAGCUGCAGAACUUUACCCUGGACAGAAACAGUGUCCUUGUGGAUGGGUAUUCUCCCAACAGAAAUGAUGUCUUAACUGAAAAUUCUGACCUCCCCUUCUGGGCCAUCAUCAUUAUCUGCUUGGUGGGACUCCUGGUACUCAUCACAUGCCUGAUCUGCUGCUUCCUGGUCACUGUCCACCAGCGGAAGAAGGAGGGAAACUACGAGGUUCAGCAGCACAGUCUGGGCUCUUACCUGCCACACCUGGAUCUGAGGAAGCUGCAGUGAGAGCUUUGCGUGAGGCUCCAAUGGAGCUUGGCUGGAGCAGGAAUAAACCACAUUGGUCGGACACA